UCAUAAUCACGGAUGGAAAAACUAACAACUCUUAACUCAAUCGGAUUAACUUAUUAUGUAGAUUUACUUAAUUUAUACUCCCUCAUAAAGUUAACUUGUAAUUUAAACAAAUAUCGAGUUUCUCAGUUUGAUUUUGGCGCUUACUAAACUCUCCAGAUCUCACCUCCAGGUGACACAGAAAAUGAGAAAGAUAAAGCAAAUUUUCAGUCUUAUUUUAUCAUAAGCGGUUCAUUUUAUAAAAUCUCUUACUUACAAUUAUCUCCAAAUUAGUUUAAUCCUUUAUUCAAUUAGUGUAUAAUCGACAAUUGACAAUCACGAAAAAAAAACAAAAUGUCACUCAUUCAUCUUAAAGGUCUGCCGAUACUGGAUGGUAAGGAUAAAGAAAAGGUUAUUAUAUGGUUUACACAUCCGAAUGAAAACAACAUGUCUGAUGAAAUGAUUAAAGGAAAACUCGCCGCAAUGAAUGGUAUUGAUGAAGGAAAUAUUGACAGAGUAAUCAAAAUAACCUCAAUCUAUGAAACCAAAAUUUUUAUUGUGAUCACUAAAGCAGAAAGAAACAGGCUGUUCACCAACUAUGGCAACAUGAUGUGCUUCGAAGCGGAGCUUUACCCUGCGUAUGAUCUACCUGAUAUUGAGCUUAUGAAAAAAUGGAUCUCACUCGGAGAAAACAGAGAAGAACUGAAACAGUUAAUAAAAACAUGGGGUUACGAGAAAAUUAUGUUUGCGAGAAUCCCAAAUGAAUACAUUUGGUGUAACGCUGACAACAAGAGAUAUAACAAUAUUCGAAAACAGAUGACAUCACUUCUUGCAUAAAGAAAAGUCAACGCGGUUAAAUAUAAUAUUUAAAAUAUUAACCAAAACUCACCGCGCUGAAAACUCACCUAAUUUACCUUAUGUGACUUAAAAUUUUCUCUUUAUGUUUUUGCUCUUUGUUCCUUCUUCUUUUUCUUUUUUCUCUACUGUACUUGUUUUCUUGUUUACUCCUCUCAAGUGACAAUUCUUUUUCCUUUUUCUCCAUAAUCGAAAUGUUUAGAUGGUUGAAAGUAUCAGUUCGAGUUAUCAGUCAACCAAUAAACAACAAUCAAAUCAAUUCUUCUUUUGUGAAUCAACAACUAAUAAUCAAAAUGAAAGUUUUCGCUAUUGUCGCUCUUUUCGUUAUCCUCGCUGUUUCCACCGUCAUGGCUUACGAGAAGGACAAUCACUGGGGUGGUCAUCACCAACACGGAAAAGUUGGAUACAAAGUUGAUGUCCACCAUGGUGGUUGGGGAAAACACGACAAAGGAUGGACUGAACUUUGCGAUUCCCGAGACAAAAGCACUGGAUGGAAGUCACAUGUCCACGAUAACGGAUGGAAAAACUAAGAACUUUCAUCUCAAUCGGAUUAACUAAUUUUAUUCAUUCUCCUUAUUUUUAAAUUCAUGAUAAAUUUAUGGAUAAAAUAAUGAAAGUCAAUCUAUAAUGCAAAGACAUAUUGAGUCUGGACUCUUGAUUCCUUCUAAUAAACUGUUCAUCUUAUAAAUAGAAUUACAAAAAACUAAGUAAUUCUUCAAAACUUAACAAACUACAACAGUAAAAUCUGAUUAAU